UUAAUUUAAUUUUAUUUAUCAUAAACAAACAGUAAAGGGUUUUUGAAGCCGCGAGAAAUAUUCGCCGUCGCCGAUAUCGGGAAAACACGAGAAACUUGAAGCAAUCUUCCGCAACUCCUGUUUUUUCUCGUAUGUCCGUAGAGAGCGAGAGGUACAAUGGGAAUCAUAGAACAUGGAGCGGUCUCAGGUACCUUGCCGAGCAAGGAGGCCUUUGUAGUGCACUUCCCUGGAUACCCAUCAUCUAUUCCCCGAGCCAUUGAAACCCUUGGAGGAGUUCAAGGGAUUACUGAGGCAAGAGGAUCAUUUUCAAACAAGCUUGAGCUGCGUUUCAGGCCAGAGGAUCCUUAUGCACAUCCUGCGUUGGGAGAACAGCGUCCUUGCAGCGGGUUUUUGUUGAAAAUUUCUAAGCAAGAAGUCAAGAAACCUGACAGUCAGCCUGUUGUUGCCACUAGUGAUGUAAGUUUGAAGGAGGCUAGUCCAGCUCUAUGUGCAGAUAUUGUCGCUCGUGUUUCCGAUGCAUUUCACUUCGAUGGCAUGGCUGACUAUCAGCAUGUUAUUCCUAUUCACGCGGAUAUAGCGCGGCAGAAGAAGAGAAAGUGGAUGGACGUGGAUCCCCUUGCAGGAGGCAGUGAUUUGAUGGGCUUGGCUGAUGAAGAUGUUAUGAUGUUAUUGCCACAGGUCUUUGCACCCAAAGAUAUACCUGACAAUUUGGCGUUGAAACCUCCGGCAACUUCUGGCCCCAAAAAGAAAGAUGAUGCGGCGACUCAGAACUUUUAUGAGAUGGAUAUUGGGCCAGUAUUUGCAAUUGAUUUUAGCGUCAAAGAUAUCCCAAAGAAUCUAAACUGGGAAGAAUUUGUAUCUCCCAGCUCGCACCACUGGCAAUGGCAGGUAUCACUCUCUGCAUUGUUUGAAGAGCGUCCUAUUUGGACAAGAGACUCUGUUGUUCAACGAUUACUUGAUAAAGGUCUUAAAUGCACACAUCAUAUGUUAAACAGGUAUCUGCUCAGGGCUGCAUAUUAUUUCUCCAACGGUCCGUUUCUUAGGUUCUGGAUUAAAAGAGGCUAUGAUCCACGGAACGAUCCUGAGUCUCGUGUAUACCAGAGAAUGGAAUUCAGGGUUCCACCUGAGUUACGAAGUUAUUGCGAUGCUAAUGCAACUAACAAAUCAAAGCCAAGGUGGAACGACAUUUGCGCUUUUAAGUUAUUUCCUUUUAAAUGCCAAACAUUUCUGCAGUUAUUUGAACUCGACGACGAGUACAUCCAGCGAGAGAUAAGAAAGCCUCGCAAACAGACUACUUGUAGCCAUAAAACAGGAUGGUUCUCAGAAGCCUUGCUAGAUACUUUGAGACUCCGUGUGGCUGUGAGGUUUGUGUCUGUGUUUCCUGAGCCAGGCUUCGAAGAUGUAUUUAAAUCCAUUCAAGAAGAGUUUGAGAGGUCUGAAAAAAUUCAAACCUUUAAAGAGACACAUAAACCAUCUCUAGUGAAGCAUAAGGAGCCAACUAAAGGCUCUGAAGACAUGGAAAAGUUUAAAAGUACAAACGAUGAUGUUGAUGUUAUUGUUAAUGAGUAUGGAGAUGAUGAAGACCAGGAUGAAGAAGAGGAAGAAGAUGAAGAAGAACUAUAUGUGCCUACAGCAGACGAUGAGAUAUCUAUUGAUUCCCAUGGAUAUCUAGAUACUGAGAACAGCUCCAGAACGUAUCUUCAAGGCUUGUUCGAUAGCUUUCCAACGAGUGAACCUGGUUUGUAUGGAGACUUUGCUGUCGACGAUGGAGAGUUUCAGAUAUACGAAGAAGAAUCUGAUGAGGGUUUGUAUUCUAUUGAUGAUAAUGAUGGCGAGGAAGAAGAAGAUGACGAUGAUGAUGAUGCGUGAAGAUCAGUUCACACCACCGGGUAAAGUAGGUUUUGUUCUAACGAAUCUUCGUCCAGAAAUGACUUCACAAGGCCUCUUGCUUGCAAGUUUCAACACAAAGCUACAAUUUGACAAUCUGUUUUCUUUUCUUUGUUCUUUUUUUUUUUUUGCUUCUCCAGGAAACAAAAUAGUUUUAAGUUUCUUUUUGAGAAUUCGGCCAAAAAAAACCUUAACUUUGCACGAA